AUGGCCGCCCCAGUAACUCUCCCCUCCAUGCAAGACCCUCACGGCGCCUAUGGCCAGCCCGCCUACCCGAGGCCAUACCCCCCUCACCCCGACCAAAGAGGCGAUCCGCGUGGCGACCCGCGCGCGAGCAGCUACAAUGCUUCGCCCAACUCGGUCAACGGCUACCCUCCACCUCAACCAGGUUCUCAUCAGCAGCUGCCCUCGCUGCCGCCUCCGGACCCGAGAUCUCCCAGCUACCCUCCCCCUCCUGACGCCAGGGCGGAUGACUACUACAGAGGUCGCCAGCCGCCGCCUCCGGGAUACGGAGAUCCUUACUACCAAGACUACCACAGAGGCCAGGGCCCUCCGCCCCAGGGCCGCUAUCCUGACUACCCCCCGCAGGGACCCGGUGCUCCGAGAUACGACUAUCCUCCCGGUGCGCCGAGGUACGAUUAUGGCCCUGGAGCGCCUCCCCUGCAACAAGCGGCACCGAGACAGCGAACUUCUAUCGCGUGUAGGUACUGCCGGAAGAGAAAGAUUCGCUGCAGCGGCUACCAAAGCGCCCCUGGAGGCAAGUGCGUAAACUGCAGCAGGAUGAACCAGGAAUGCAUAUUCCAGCCGGUGUCAUCCUCGAGUUCGACGGCUUUUGUUCCAGUAUCGGCACUCGGCCCAGGCGGUAUCCCGCCCGGCACGCCGCUCUACGGAGCGUACGGCCAGCCCUUGCCUCAGGGCUCGCUACCUCCGCCACCAGGACAAGGCUACCCUCCUCCGCCCGGAAACGGAGGAUACUACCAACAGCCUUUGCCAUCGCCGACAGGUGCUUACUCACCUUACGAUUCGCAGCGCGCUGGACGGAGACGCCCUAGAGAAGACGAGGUUGACGAACUUCGACCCCCACCACCUGACCCGAAUUCGGCCGACGAUCCUCGCCGGCGAUCUCCGGCCUCGAGCUCAAACCACAGCAGCCCUGGCUAUAUGAGCUACCAACCCGCGGGGCCUCCUGGCUACGAUCCGAGAGCGAUUCCCCCGGCCAGACAUAGCCCGGGGCAGCCGUCAGCGAUUCCUCCCCCAGGGCACGCCGCCGCAGCGGCAACGCAACGCCAGAGCAACUCAUCAACCCCUGCAGCAGCACCCUCGAGCUCGGUCAUGAGCCUGAACAAUCUGGUGGACCAUGUUGACCGGGACAUGCUCGGAAAGUUGAAUCGGCCGCCGCCGAGGAAGUGA